AUUAAACUUUCCCAAUUUGCUUUCUAAACUAGCAACUUUAGCUUUUAAGGUGAAGUUCUUGAAUUCUACAAGAAUGGAAAGGUCAAAACUGUCCAAUGGAAAAGAAUCCACAGAGGACGAUUCAAAUUAUCAAGUCCACUGUUGGAGGGGCCAAAGUGACAAUUUCGCAAAAGAAAUUGAAGGAGAAACUUCAUCUUCCCAAUACUGGAAGUGAAAUUGGGAGACUUCGAGCCAAGAAUUUGGAUUGGAAGAUUAUUGGGCUUUAUGGGCAAAUCCCCUCUGGCCCAGUGAAGAAAUCAGACUUGAACAACGACUACAAGCUAGUCCUGGAAUUGGUCAUCGCAUGCCUCGGGUGUGGAAGUGGAGGACAUGCUGAUGACAUCACUCAAGAGAGGGCCUUCAUCAUCAACGCCCUCAUUACCAAAUCUAAGGUAAAUUGGGCUAACCACUUCUUCAAUUCCAUUUCAAAGCACUUAGGGAACCCCAAACAGAAGUAUUUGUGUCAAGGACUGUACCUUGGGUACAUCUUGGAGUCCAUGGGCGUUGCCUCUAAAGGCAAGAAGUAUAAUGCCAGAUAUUGGCUAUACUAUCUGUCUUCCAAAGGGGAAAACAGAGCUGGCACUAGUGCAACUGCAGAGGAAAGUUCUUCAGACAAUGUCCUUAUCAUGAGUCUGAAGAAGUCAGUAAAAAGGAAGCAAGUGGUGUCUCCCUCUCCCAGUGCUGAAGCACCACAGAAUCAAGAAAAAGAAGAAGAAGAAGUUUCUACCCAAGGAGAACUACAAAGGAAGAAGAAGAGGAAAAUCACAUCUCCCUCAACAUCUAGAAAUGUCAACCCGGAUGAGUUGGUGGGAAAGGAACAUGACCAGCAACUGAAGAAUGAGAAGAUCAUCAAGAAAUGCUUAGGUCUGCUAGUCAACUAUUGCUGUGAGCAAAUCCUGGAUGUUGACUGGGUAUGGCAAAGCAACUAUGAAGAUUUGCAUCUGGAACACUUGGUCACCUCACCAGUUUCAGAAUUUGAGGCUGACGAUGAAGAUCCUACAGUCUACAGGCCAAUCUUCUCAAAGGCUACAAAAGAUCAGAUGGCUCCUACCAUUGAAGCACAAGCAGAUAUGGAAGCCACAGCUGAGGAUUUCCAAAUCUUCCUGGAAACCUCCCCUGCCAUUGAAACGGUUCUGACUGAAGCUGUCCAGGAGAAUGCAGCCUCUACUCCACAAGAACAGAACCAAGAAGCAUCAGAAGAAAAACUCCAGCAACUUCUCCAAUCUCAAGCUUUAGAGAUUCUCACAACUCUUUGUGAGAUCUCCAAUCCUACUGAAACUGAGAUUCCAGAGAAGUCAGCAGAAAAUCCGGAGAUGUCCAAACCUCCAGAAGCAAAUGAAGUCCAAGAAGAGCAAGCUGUAGAAAUCCAGAGAAGUUCUGCAGAAGCUGAGAAGGAAACUCAAAUGACUGGACUGGAGACCUCUAAAACUCUAGUAGCUGUGUUUGAGCAGCAGAAUGAAGUUGAAGAAAGAGAUUCCCUCUCUAGGGAAGUCUCAAACUUUAUGCUUGAUGAGACAGAAGAAGAGUCUGAAAGGACAUUGAAGAUUGAUGAUGGAGAAGCUGAGCAAGAAGAUGCUGAAUCUCUCCCUAUGCAACUCUUCCACAGAGCACCUUCUUCACAUCAGGUAACUAACUUUCACUUCCACAGUUCUUCCACAUCCACCCUUCCGGAUGAGGUACCGGAAAACUGGACAAGAAAGGUCCAAGGGUUGAUUAAAUCAGCCCUAGCGUCUCAGCAUGCCUCCUUUAGGCAAGAGAUAGAGCAAAUGGAAGCUAGGCAUAACAAGCUGAUGGAGAAAUCCGAAGAAAAACGUUGCUCAGAUCUCAAGGAGAUAAGCAAAUCCGUGGACAAGACUCUAGAGAUUAUUUCUCUUUUGAGUAACUCUGUGAGCAACACAAUGGAAGCCUAUGCAUCUGACAGCCACCUACAAUUCAAAGAAAUCUCUAGAAUCAAGGAGAAAAUAGCAACUGUCACAGUAGUAACCCAAGACUACUUGAAGGUUAUUGCUGAAAAUCAGAAGGAAGCAUUCAGGCUGUUUAGGCACUUUGGAACAUACACUGGCAAUCGCAAGAUAGAUGUAAUUGUCCAACACAAUAGUCCAUCCCUAAUUCCACAGCUGCCUAUUGAAGUCAAGCAAGGAGAGCUCACUUACAUUCCAUCUCAUCUGAACAUGACGAAACUGAUACUGGAAGCCCAGCAGAGCAAUCCGGAGAACUCAACUCAACAUCUAACAGACUCUGGCCUUGAUGGAUCAGAAGUUGUUGGAACCAUUGCCUCCCACUUCUUAGAUGAUGCACAAACAAAGGAGAGAUACAACAAUCUAAGGCGCAUCAAAGAACAGUGUGGAAUUAUGCAAGGCAUUGGUGAGACUGCCGGAUCAUCAAAGCGCAGGAAGCAGUGAAGGCUCUUUUCAUCAAACCAGGGGGAAGUAUGUGAAAACACUAUUUGGUUUUGAUGAAAACACCUUCUUGUUUAAACAUGAGUUUUGGUUUAAACAUUGCUUAAUAGUUCUCUUAAUUACGCUUAUUUUGCUUGAUCAUAUUCAUUUUAAGUGUGAUUCUUGAGAUUUAUCCUUAAGCGCAUACAUUCAGGGGGAAUGUUAAUUCAGGGGGAACUUAACUGUUUUUGGCUAACAAUUGCUUCAAUUGUUUUUGGCAAUGAACUAUUGAUAAACUC